GGCCCGCUGUCGUGUGUGCCGAGCCGGGGCGGCGUGCAGAGGGAAGCAGGGGCCCAAAGAGAAAGUGCCGCGCUGUGGGGCUGGGCGCGGGAAAAGCCGAGCUAGGGCAUGCAAAAUAAAUCACUCAUGCAAGCACUGCGCGAAGGUCAUGCGAGCGCCAAGCGGAAAAGCCGAGCGAGCGCAUCCACGGAAGGAGCGGGAGGAGGGACGGGAGAAGUAGCGGAAGCUGGAGGAGGAACGGGAGAAGGAGCAGGAGCGGGAGGAGGAGCGGGAGAAGGAGGAGAAGCGGGAGAAGGAGCGGGAGGAGGAACGGGAGAAGGAGCGGGAGUGGGAGGAGUGGGAGGAGCGGGAGGAGUGGGACGAGGAGGAAGUGGUGGAGGAGCAGCGGGAGGAGUGGGAGGAGCGGGAGGAGCGGGAGGAGCGGGAGGAGGAGUGGGAGGAGCGGGAGGAGGAGGAGGGGGAGUGGAAACAGGAAGGGGUGGAGGAGGAGUGGGAGAAGGAGCAGGAGGAGGAGCGGGAGGAGGAGCGGGAGGAGGAGCAGGAGGGGAAAUCGGGAGGAGGUUAGGAGCGGGAGGAGCGGGAGGGGAAAUGGGAAGGGGUGGAGGAGGCACGGGAGGAGGUGCGGGAGGAGGUGUGGGAGGAGGCUCGGGAAGAGUGGGAGGGGGAGCGGGAGAAGGAGUGGGAGAAGGAGCGGGAGGAGGAGGAGGUGCGGGAGGAGGCGGAGGUGCGGGAGGAGGAGCGGGAGGAGGAGCUGGAGAAGGAGUGGGAUGGGAAACGGGGAGGAGAAAGCAGGAGGGGGAGCGGGAGAAGGAGCCAACAGCAGCGCAACGACCGUGAGCAAAGUGCACGAUCGGUGAGGGAGAUUGUGACGCACGAAGUCAAUCAAUCAAUCAAUCAACCAAUC